CGCGGCGCACCCGCCCGGGCCGGAAGCCGCACGUGGGGGCGCGGGCGGCACGUGGCGCCCGGUGCUCCCGCCCCGCUCCCGGGCAUGGAGCGGCGGCGCUCGCCCGCCGCCCUCCCCCGGUACGGGCGGCGCCGAUUCUGGGACGCGCUGUACCGGCGGGAGGGCGCCGAGACCCGUGAGUGGCUGGGGGGGCUCUCCCGGUUUCUCCCGCAGUUGGAGCCCGAGCUGCGCCCCGGUGACCGCAUCCUCGUCCUCGGCUGUGGCAACAGCUCCCUGAGCUACGACCUGCACGAGCUGGGCUACACCGACGUCACCAGCAUCGACUUCUCCCCCGCCUGCAUCGCGGCCAUGCGCGCCCGCUACGCCCGCUGCCCUGGCCUGCGCUGGGCCGUCAUGGACAUCCGCGCCCUCGCCUUCCCCGACGCCUCCUUUGACGUGGUGCUGGAGAAGGGCACCCUUGAUGUGCUUAUGGUGGAGGAAACUGACCCCUGGGACGUCUCGCCUCAGGCAGCCGCCGCGAUGCGCCGGGUGCUGGCAGAGGUGAGCCGGGUGCUGCGCCCAGGGGGCUGCUUCAUCUCCAUCACCUUCGCCCAGCCCCACUUCCGCAAGCCUCACUAUGCCCAGGAGGCCUUUGGCUGGUCCCUGCGCCACGCUGCCUGUGGGGACGGGGACGCCGGUGCCUUCCACUACUUCCUCUACGUCAUGCGCAAGGGGCAGCCCCUGGACCCCCGUGACGUGGCCUUGGGGCGCCGGCUGCACCAGCCACCCCCGCCCCCCGCCCCGCCACCGCCCCCUGCCCCCCCGGACGACGAUGAGGACUAUCUCCUUGCCAUCCAGCUGUGAACCGAGGGAGCUUUCCCAACCUCCCCCCACCCAAUAAAGCCUUAAGAUGCUCCAUCCUCACAGAUGGGAGAUAGGCAAGCAGUGCAUCCCCCUGCAAGCUGCCCAGUGAUGUGGAUAAUGGGAGGAAAGAGUGGGAUACUUGGCCUCCUUUGUGGGGCACAGACUUGCUCUGGUGAUUCUGUGCCCCCUCCCUGGCCUUUCCUUGCUGAGCUGGAGAGCAGCCAGGAGUUCAGGCUUUGCAGCCAGUAAUGAAACCAAAUCGGGUUUAAUUUCACCCAUCCAUCUUGUGGGGAGUGGCUCCCAGCCCCCCAUCCCUUCCCCUUGGCCCAGGCAGCUGGGCUGAGGGCAGAAUGGGGGGGCAGGAUUGGGGUGCCCACUGCUCCACCCCCCACCCCAUUCUGCACCAGGACCCCUGCCCCAGCCUUCCUGGCCAUGGGGGUGUGCAAGGGCACUGUGUCCUUGUCACCCCCACCCAAGUAGUGGAGGGUCCAGGCUGGAAUGUGCCACAUGGGACAGGGAGUGCCACAGGGCAGGAAGGGCAGCACAUCUGCCUCUGUCCCCGUUCCUGCCUGUGGUGACAAUCACAUGCAGCUGGCCCGUGUCCCCCUGUGCCUGGGGCCAGCAGCACGGUGACACAUGUGUGCCAGGGUGGGUGACAGGGUGGGCCAGAUGUGUGCUGGUGGGACUGGCAGUGUGUGUGUGCUGGUGUGGCAGGUACAUGUGUGCCACUGGCAAUGUCCCCAGAGGAUCUUUGGGCACCAACUCCCUCUGGGGUGGGCAAAGGGGACCCUUCCUGGGCGGGACGGUGGUGACACCCCAGAGGCACACGCUGCUGGGCUGCCAUUUCAGGCAGAAGGUGUAAGUGGGUCAGCCAGCGGCUCCCCCUGCACC